AAAGAAUGUGUUCAAAAAACAAAACAAUGUUGCAUUUGUAUCUGCUACUCUGUCAAUAAAAUAGUUUCACUCUUUAGAAGCUGCUUGAUGUAAAAGGAACAACACUUCCACCUUGCUGUGAGAAAUGCAUUUAUAGUUUUGCUACAGAUAACACUUUCUGUGAGACUUAAUGUCAGGGCUCUGAUCAGUUUCCACUCCCCAUUCAUUCACACAUCUCUACCACCCAGUCAUAGUAGAGGUGGACAAAGCAGUUCAGAUGCUUUCAAUUAUGGAGAGUGACUUUUCCACACUGCCUCGCUCUGCUCAGAUGGUGUUUGAGGCUGGUUCUGAUGCAUGUAUACAGUAAAUGGGUCUUUAAUGCUGUUUCAUUUAAGUGAUGGCAAUAAUACUGCCUUAAUUGUUUCUUAUCAAUCAUUCCUUUCUGCCUCUUUCCCGUUCUGUAUGUGUUUUAGUCCCAUUCAUUUUCUCAUGCUUCUAUAUCGUUGUUACUUUAUUUUCACAUACUCACACCCCCACUGUCAGUGUCACUAUCUGCAGGAUUUCCUGUGGAGUUGCUCAACUCUGUUUGUAUCAGUAGAACUGUAAUUUUAAAUGGACUUUCUAAGCAGAGAUGUAGCAUAACUUAAAUGUAGGUUUGGAAAUGUUUAAUUCUGGACACAUUUUGUAAUGAAAUAUCUUCUCAGUGGAGAAACUGUGAUCUCCAAUUAUCUGACAAAUCAGGACAAGGUGGGCUGUUAAGCAUAUGGCCUGGAAAUUCAGAAGUCUCAUGCUCUUGCACUAGCAUUCAGGCCUUUUAGCCUAGUGCGUCUGUAUGUGUUUGGAAAGUGUGGAUUUAAAAACACUGAAUGGAGGGGCUUUAUUUGUUUGGAUUUUAUGUUUCACAGUGGUGGUAAAAGAAGUGUCUGUACAAUAUCUCCUAUAAGACUGGAGUAGUUUCUCUGGGGUGUCUAUAACACAAUAUUUGUUUCCUCCAUUAUAAAACUAUUGCAUCCAGGUCACUAUUAAUUAGUACAAGACAGACCUUUAUUUUUCUACAAAUUAAGGUGUUUGUGCCACAAAUGGUGAUUUGAUCCAGUUAUUUGAUUGAUAAUUGAUUGAUCCUAUGCCAUAUGUCAGUACAAAGUGAGGCUAUGAGCUGUAGCUAUAUAGUAUAUUGUUACUGGAAUAAAGCAGUGCUUUAGAUUUGCAUAUGCCAUAGCUAAUUCCUUCAGCUUGUGGAAUUGUGCUCUUUUGAUUUUUCUGAUAAUAGGCUCCCUCUGAACACAGUACAAGAUAUGCAGUGGUACUUUUCAUAGCAAAUACGUUUUAGAGAAUCUUCCAAAGCAUCCAUCUCUAUACAGUUUCCAGAGGGGUUUACAGAUUUUCUGGUUACAUGCACAAAGUUGACUAUCAUAUGGGAAACAUGUUCCAACACAAGGCAAGGUGAAGCUCUUUAAAAUUGCAGAGAUGAAACCACUUUUGAAUUAGAAAAAACAAAAAUUGGGUAUUUCCUGCUGUAUUUUUUUUUAUGUUGAGGAAGAAUAGUAGCACCUGUAAAAGAUGAAAUAACCCCAGCAGCCCUUGUAAAAUGAACGCUGCCAGAGCAUGCCUUAUAUUACGCGAAACAUGUAGAUUUUGUGCGUUUUUGGCUCUGGGUCUGUUCAACACUAAGCCUCAUAAUGAUUCCUGGUUGUGAAAUAACCUGGCAGGCUUUAGGACCAUGGGAAGGUGAAAUCAAGCAUAAGGAAAUAAGAGCACCUGAGCACAGGGAUGUAAACAGGUGCAUCGAUCUGCUUGCUCAAAAUGAGUCAGCACAUGAGGUUCAUUCGCAAUUCUUUUCCACAGCGGAAUAGUCAUUUUUCCAUUCAUUAUACUUUAAGCCACUUGUAUCUCCUCAUGUUCAACCACACCUUGUGUUGCACGGCGUGUUAUUCUCUUAGGUGUGGACCUUGACUUUUUCAAGCCACACCUGUGCACACUAACCAAAUCAGCUCAGGAGUGUGUGCUUGUGAUCUGUGCGGCUGGCAGUCGUCAGGACAAAAAGUCGUACAGCCUUUGACUCGGUGCUUAUCUCUAGGGAAUUUGAGGACACGGCAAAUACAAACACAACGUCUCUUCUCUUUGACACAUCUUUGGAUCAUGAAGUAAGGCAGAAGUUCAGGAUUGUGAACCAUUCUCAACCUUGUCACUGGAAUUAUUGGGCGUGUGCCAUAUCAUAUAUAUGUGUAUAAGACAGCAUCAUAUCUCAACCAUCUGUCAUCACUUUAAACAGCUUCACAGAAGGUGCAGCCUGUUUGUGGUGCCUGACUUAAAGUGAGAGUGGAUGUGAAGAGCAGAGAGACGCAUGAGGAGGAGCUGUGAGGUGCCACUUUGCUUAUUUUCAGACAUUUGUCCUCAUCCUGUGGUGCAUUUUUAUACCCUGGUUAUACACUGGUUUGUAGUAAUGCUUGUGACGUUUUAUUAGGGAUGCUUCAACUGCUUUAGCUUCCGGUUUAGCUAAAAGUAUUUGGGUGUUGGUGGCAGAACAUGAGACUGUAAGAGAGAUUCUUUGAAGAUUUUGUGUGAGACCAUAGGAGAAAACCAGGAGGCUUGUUUGUGUGUACAGGAAGUCUUAUAGUGUAUUUUCAUAUCAGCAAUUUUCUGUACACACUCAACCUCUCUGGGGGGCUGCACACAGAGAUUAGAGCUUGUAAGAGUGGAGUUAAUCUCCCCAUGUAGAGGCGAUCAUUUCUCUUUGGAAACCGGGCACAUUUAAGAAAGGAUCAACUUGCCGCCUAAUCAGCUUACGCUGUGCAGGAAUUCAGUGGCACCUUUAUGCUCAGGCGAGGGGGGAAAAAACAGCCAUCUGACUUAUUCCCGUCCAUACUUUAGGAAAUUUCACAGCGUAUUUUAUACCAAAGAGGUCUGGGGUAGAGUGGCAGCAAGACACUUGUUUCGCUGGAGGAUUGAGUACAGCUCUGGCGCAGCCUGAUUGGGGAUUGUGGAUAUGUUUUUAACUUCAGGAAAGAGUUGUUUGUGCCAACUGUGGGAUUUUCUCACAGGGAAGAGGACAGCUGGACUGUGAGAUCCCAGGAGGGAUAAAGAGAUACCAAGCACCAGAAGAGAUACCAAGCACCAGAAGUUUUGAGAGCUCACUGCUGCACGUACAUGUAAUAAAGUAGAGCUGUGCAUCAGAAGUACUGAGUCACUGUGGUCUGUCUGACAUAACUCGCACUUCCCCCUCCUCUUCCUCUGUCUAUCCGUCUCUCAUUUCCCUCUCUUUCCCCUUUUCUGAUCCUCUCUGACCAUGAGUGAGCUUACCUACUGAGGACUGUGGGAUAAAACGAGCUCUGUGUAAACGAACCUAGGAAGGCCACCUCAUUUUUACAGACAGAGGACGAGAAGAAAAGGGGCCAUUUGUGUCUGCUCGUUGGAGGAUAUCACAGUGACACAUGAUCCUCAUACUCUGCUUCAGAAAACCACUGCCUACCUGGGAAGGUUGAAAGGAGGUGUGCCUGUGUGUGUGUGGGUGGGUGUGUGUGAGAGAGAGAGAGAGAGAGAUUCUUCGUCCUCUCUCCCGCCUUCAGGGGCAGGAUCUGCUGCUCGGGGAAGGACUUGUGAGCCGCUCAGCACUGAAGGAGCUGUCAGCGAUACUCCAUCCUCCCUCCUUUGCUCUCUCUCACUCUUGCGCUCUUCUUUCCUGGCUCACGCACUGUCACUUUCAUACGCACGCCAGCAAGAUGAUGGAGGAAGUGUCUAUCACAGUGGCCUACGAUGCCCACGUUAUCAACCAGAUCUGUGACGAGGACAUCUUUGCUAGUUUGGUGGCAGACUCCAGACCCAAACCAGCGGUGCCAACUAAGAAGCUAAAGAAGUUUGAGAAGGAGUACCAAGCUUUCCGAGAGAGCCAGCUGCAGCAGGAGGACCCUAUAGACAGAUACCAGAGGGAGAAUCGGCGGCUGCAGGAAGCCAGCAUGCGUUUGGAGCAGGAGAAUGAUGACCUCGCCCACGAGCUGGUCACUAGCAAGAUUGCACUGAGGAACGAUUUAGACCAGGCGGAGGACAAGGCCGACGUGUUGAACAAAGAGCUGCUGAGCACAAAGCAGCGGCUGGUGGAGACGGAGGAAGAGAAGAGGAGACAGGAGGAAGAGACAGCUCAGCUGAAGGAGGUGUUCAGAAGAGAGUUGGAGAAAGCAGAGUCUGAGAUUAAGAAGACCACAGCCAUCAUUGCUGAGUAUAAACAGAUUUGCUCUCAGCUGAGCACCAGGCUGGAGAAACAACAGGCCUCCACCAAGGAGGAGCUGGAUAUUGUGAAGAGUAAAGUGAUGGCGUGCGAGCGAUGUCGGGAAGUGUUCAGUAAGGACGGGCCCCUGCACGUCCCCGCAGUGACACAGGACAACCGUGAUUCAGACCUGGAUGAGGAGAAGGACUCUCUGAAGGCUCAGCUGCGGGAGCUGGAGCUGGAACUGGCUCAGACCAAACUGCAGCUGGUGGAGGCCAAGUGCAGGAUCCAGGAGCUGGAGCAUCAGAAGGGAGUGCUGAUGACUGAAGUCCAAGCUGCCAAAAACUCCUGGUUUAGUAAAACCCUGGGGUCCCUGAAGACUUCAGCAAGCAGUCAGGCACCUCCCUCACCCAAAGAGGGGCAAUAGGACUCAUACAGGCCUCAGCCAGCGAGGCAGGAGCAGAUCCACUGCCUGGCACUUGCAUGGGAAUGACAAGGCUGUCUGAACACUACUAAACUCUGUGUGGUAAUGCAGUAUUCCCUCUCACACUGGGGGAGACAGGUGGACAGGAAGGUAGAACCACCUGAACUGCUGAUCUGAAGACCAGAGCAUCAAUAGUGGCAAAGCAGAUUUAAUUUUAUGAAUGCCAAAUGUAUGAAAAGCAGUGUCAUUAUUACUAUUUGACAACUGUUGGAGCAACCAUUUUCAUUACAAUCAUUGAGUCAAUCAGUGAGUGCUUGAAAAAAUUGUCACCCACUGAAGCAGCUUUUCCUUUCUCAAAUAAAAUCAAGUGGGCUAAUAGGCUAUUUACUACAUUAAAGAAAGACUUCUAUUUAGUAUUGUUAAGCACAAAUAACCUGAAUUACAUUACAAAUGCAAUCCAUAAACAUUGGUACAAUACAUUUACAUGAUGGCAAACAACAAAUCGUGUUUUCAUAAACUUAAGAUUGAUGCAAAGAGAGUAAAGUUUUUUUUUGUUUGUUUUUUUUUUUUUUUUUUGUAUAAAUAUGAAGUCAGGUGUCUGCGUUUGUGAAUUCUGGUUUAGGUGACCACUCUAUUGCACAUUUCUUAGUCAGAGGUCAUAUUUAUCCAGAGUUCUCAGUGCAUUGGAAGACAGCAGUUAAGAAUAUACAGGAAUAUGCAGGAAUAUGCAGGAGCAGUGUCUCGGGCAGUGCAGCAGUUCCACCUAGUGGCAGUUUCCAGUACUGCAGAGUACUGAAUUUAUUUACCUACUUUGACUGUUAUACUUUUAAAGGUGGAAUUCCUAUAUAACAUUACUAAUAAGGUUUUAUCUUGAGAUUAUCUACAUGUUUAUAAUUGUAGCUUUUUUAUUUGAGAGAGGGAAUACUGCAUCCAGACUAAAAAAAAUCCCUGUUUUUCUAUAUAGUAAUAACUAAUGUUUAAUUGUUUUGUCAUGUGUAUAACUAAAUGUUUAAUUGUUUUUUAUCUUGUACAGUUCUGAGAGGAAUGUUGUCUUUUUUUUUUUUUUUUUUUUUUUUUUUUUUUUUAAACCAUUUUUGAAUUUAAAAGUAUGUAAAUAUUAACGGCUUAAAGCACAGUGUUCUACACAACUGUAAUUCAAAAAUGACAUUCCUGCUUUACUGCUCUUACUCUCCCAGUGGCUGGAGCUGUGAUAACCAAGCCUCUGAGAGCGCACAGCUGCAUCGCUCACUCUGCGCUGGGAUUUGAGAGCUGGAGAAUCCUUCCUGCAAAUGCAAUGGUUUGUACACACUGUGUAAUUUAAUGUAAAUUCACCCAGUCUUGGGAAAACAGUGUGUGUCCCUAUAGCAGGAGCCACACAUCAUAAAUGUGCCAAGAAGUCUUCGCAGAUGUUCCCACACAGGCAACUCUAUGUCCAUUUUUGUCAGGCUUAUUCAUUAGAAAAACACGUUCUGUGAUAUUGUGGUCUUGCUGAUUACGUUGUGCAUUCAUUAGUGCAGGUAACUGUAGAACAAACAGAACAAACUUCAAUGUCUUUGUCUCUAUACCAAGGUUUCUUCACUCACUUGGCUUCCUAAAGGUCAUCAUUUGUGACCCCUAGAAUUUCUUAAACCACAUGGAUCUUAACACACUCUAACAAGAUGUCUUUAUUGUGAAUACACUUUUAUUGUUCAUUUUUACUGUGGUUGAAAUAUGUAUACUUAUCUCCUAUUUUGUAAUUUCUGAAAUUGCGUGCUGCCAAGCAUUAGUUUAAUAUUAACCAAUAUCAAGUGCAAUCUACUCUUUGCAUAGCAUUAUGGUUGAUUUAAUAGAUUAUAAGGCACAGGAGAUGUUCCUUCUGAGCUCUUUAGAUUUGACAGUGUGAGUCGUUAGGGGGGAUGAUGGUAUUUACAGGUACACCAACCUGUCCCAGUUGAAAAAACUAUGUGACAAAUAAACCCUGAUUCUUGUUCUGUUGAAGUUUGAA